CCAAGCCUAUGAAAGUGAGCCCGCUGACAACACUAUAGUUGAACAGAAAGAUUAUUUGUGCGUAGGGAUGCACUUUCUCCGAGAAUCAAUCCAUAUGCAAACAUGUGGUAACGAAGAGGAAGAAACCGACUAUGAUGGUAACGAAGAAACGGAGGAUAGAGACUGGCACGAAGGGACUCCCCAGCCAUCUGAACGAAUACCAAGACCUAUUGACGGUAUAAUGACAGUAAGAAGUUACAUUGAAAUUGAUUCCGGUUUAGAGACUAAAAUGCUCGAUGAAGAAGAAAUUAUUGCAGCAGUCCACGAAGCACCUUCAGAUAUGACGAGGAAGAAGACGCGAGUCCACCAAUAUCAAAUAAAGUUGCUUUAG